AUGGACAACCCUGGCUUCGGCGAAACCAGCUUUGACGCCAACAACUACCCCCAGUUCCAGGACGCACCACCCCCGCAAACCUACAACUACCCCCAAAAUGCGAAUCAUCCCUCAGAAGAAAAAGCCGUGUUGGACAAGGAGCUGUCGGCGGGCCAGAGUCGAUUCCGCACCCUUUUCGAGCAGCACCGCCACGAGACGGUCACUUACUGCUUCGUCUUCUGGUCUUUCGGCAUGUGCGUCGCCCUGCUGGGACCCACCCUCAUGGACCUUGGGUGCAAAACGUCGAACCCCGACCUCUUCAGCACAAUGAGCUGGGCCUUCUUCUCGCAGAGUCUGUUCACGCUUCUGGGCUCGGCGAGCGGCGGCAUGUUGGCCCAGAGGUUUGGUCCACAUCUGAUGCUUUUGGUUUCGUGUGUGAUGCUGGCCGUAACUUUGGUCGUAAUCGCCCAAUGUGAAAGUUUAGCCUCGUUGGCCCUCGUUUUGGGCUUGAUGGGCUUCUUCAUGGGCACCAUCGACACAGUGGCCAAUCUAUCCAUGAUAAAACUCUACAACAAGAACGUCGCCCCAUUUCUCCAAGCGCUGCAUUUCUUCUACGGUCUUGGCGCAUUUCUCUCGCCUCUGAUUUCAAUGCCUUUUCUCACGACGCACGGCUGCUCUGGCAAAAGAAUCGACCAUCACAGUCACCACUUUUACCAUCACGCCGACAUGCACGCUUCCUAUUUACAAGAAAUGACGCACAACAUUACGUCGUCGAUUUCGCUGACCAACAACACGAUUGUCGAGAAAACCGAGCAGGCCGUUUCGGAAAUCCAGUACGCCUUUUGGAUCAUGGCCGUUUUGCAAAUUCCUGUGAUUAUUAUGGUUGGUUCGCUGGUGUGGAGAGAAAGGGCUGCGGGCAUCAGACCUGCCGAGGAAUCCUUUGAGUUUGAAAGAACCGACGUUAAAAAGCUCAACCCUUUCCAAACCGAGUUGCAACAACAAAGUGACGCUUACGCGAGUCCCGUCCAAGUGACCAUGAUCACUGCCCUCACAGCCUCUCUGCUCUUUCUCUACGACGGCCUCCAGUCUUCUUACGGAGGGUACGUGUAUUCGUACGCCGUGAAAAGUCUGAGCGUGCCCAAGGCUGCGUACCUGAACGCGUGCUUUUGGGGUUUCUUCGCGUUCGGCCGGCUCGUCUCGAUUUGGCUCGCCACGAGAAUGGUGCCGCUCUUCAUGCUGCUCGCCAACAUUGCCGGUUGCUUGAUCGCGAUGAUUUCGAUGGUGAGCGCCCCGCACAGCCAGUCGAUGCUUUACUUCGGCACUUCGGUUUUCGGACUCUUCCUCAGCAGCAUUUACCCAACAGCCAUAUCUCUAGCCGAGUUCUACAUUCCUCUCACGUCCACUAUUACCUCAAUUUUAGUUGUGACGGCCGCCUCUGGUGAAAUGUUGAUGCCAGUAAUUGUUGGACAUGAAUUCGAGAUGAUCGGCCCGGCGAGCUUUCUGGGCACAGGGCUUUUUGUGACCGUCCUUUCGAUUUUCAUUUUCGCCUCGAUCUACAUCACCGGCACCACGAUUAAACGCCAAUCUUCAUCUCAGGGAGUUUUCGCCACCCUCACCUCCUGCAUAACCUCGCAGACUGGCGAAGUGGAAAACGAGGAUUCAGGACUGAUGCGGCACCACGUCAAGUACUAUUCCCGCAUGCAGGCCGAAAACUCUCCAGAAUACGAAUACACGCACCAACAGCAGCCGCAAGAGUACAGUUUGCAGCCACAAAUGCCUCCGACUCAUUAAUGCAAAUUAUAUCAAACUAUUUACAACUUCUCUCAUUCCAACUCGCUAACUUUUAUGACAAUAAUAUAAUAUUACAUGCAUCAAAAUGUUAAUUGUUGCAACGCUUUUCACAUAAUAUUAUAAAUAUUAUUACCAAAAUACCAAGUUAAUCAUCUAUUUCAAUAAA